AUGGACCCUGGCAUCAUAUCUGCUGGUUGUCUAAUGAAUCAACUUUACCUUUAUUACUCUACCAUAUCUAUUUUUGAAAUAUCGAACACCCCGAGGGCCCGACCCGAGCCCUGCAACACCCCCGGGGGCCCGACCCGAGCCCUUCAACACCCCCGGGGGCCCGACCCGAGCCCUUCAACACCCCCGGGGGCCAGACCCGAGCCCUUCAACACCCCCGGGAGCCCGACCCGAGCCCUUCAACACCCCCGGGGGCCAGACCCGAGCCCUUCAACACCCCCGGGGCCCGACCCGAGCCCUUCAACACCCCCGGGGGCCAGACCCGAGCCCUUCAACACCCCCGGGGGCCAGACCCGAGCCCUUCAACACCCCCGGGGGCCAGACCCGAGCCCUUCAACACCCCCGGGGGCCCGACCCGAGCCCUUCAACACCCCCGGGGGCCCGACCCGAGCCCUGCAACACCCCCGGGGGCCCGACCCGAGCCCUUCAACACCCCCGGGGGCCCGACCCGAGCCCUGCAACACCCCCGGGGGCCCGACCCGAGCCCUUCAACACCCCCGGGGGCCCGACCCGAGCCCUGCAACACCUCGGUGGCCCGACCCGAGCCCUUCAACACCCCCGGGGGCCCGACCCGAGCCCUUCAACACCCCCGGGGGCCCGACCCGAGCCCUUCAACACCCCCGGGGGCCCGACCCGAGCCCUGCAACACCUCGGUGGCCCGACCCGAGCCCUUCAACACCCCCGGGGGCCCGACUCCAGCCCUGCAACACCCCGGGGGCCCGACCCGAGCCCUUCAACACCCCCGGGGCCCGACUCCAGCCCUGCAACACCCCGGGGGCCCGACCCGAGCCCUUCAACACCCCCGGGGGCCCGACCCGAGCCCUUCAACACCCCCGGGGGCCCGACCCGAGCCCUGCAACACCCCGGGGGCCCGACCCGAGCCCUGCAACACCCCCGGGGGCCCGACCCGAGCCCUGCAACACCCCGGGGGCCCGACCCGAGCCCUGCAACACCCCCGGGGGCCCGACCCGAGACCUGCAACACCCCCGGGGGCCCGACCCGAGCCCUGCAACACCCCCGGGGGCCCGACCCGAGCCCUGCAACACCCCCGGGGGCCCGACCCGAGACCUGCAACACCCCCGGGGCCCGACCCGAGCCCUGCAACCCCCCCCCCGGGGGCCCGACCCGAGCCCUGCAACAGACAGCCACCAUUACACUAACGACGAGCUGCUCGUUAGCGCGUCACUCGUUAAUUGUCUCCGCUGA